AUGGCGCAGGCGUUGACUGCAACAGUGACCUUCUUGGUGUUGCUCGUGCACUGCAGUGGGCUCAGCCUGCAUACUAAUUGCGGAGGGCAUAAUGACAGCAGCGUUUCUGUGGCCCAGCAAAAAAUCAUACGCAAGGCCAACGCGGGUUCUGCACUCUCAGCGAGCAUGGGAUCUUACCCAGGAACCUCAAGUGGCGUUUCUGGCGUUGUGUCGGUCACCGUGGACGGUGGUCUCCUCAAAGUCGCUUACACUUUGACAGGUCUGGACGCGAGCUUGACAUCAGGUGGCUUGCACAUUCAUUCUGGUUCAGGAACUGAGGUGUGUUCCGAUUCGUCCCUCCCGGGAGGCCACUACUUCGCGACGGGCUUUGCCGACCCGUGGUUUACCACAUGGGCAAAAAGCUCUGGCGAUACCACAGCCGUCGGUUCUUUCACGGUGGGUGCAAGUGGAUAUGACACUCUUGCCGACAAUGAUCUCCAUGCGGUGGUGGUGCACGGUGCCGGAGGUGCCCGAGUGGGUUGUGGAUUCCUUCAGUACUACGGGUCUCUAUCAUCAAGCAUCGGCUCGUAUCCAGGAACCUCGAGCGGUGUGAGUGGGGUGUUCACAGUCUCGGUGUAUACGGGUGUGCUCGAAGUGUCCUACACAUUGGAUGGGCUCGCCGCGAGUGAGACUUCGGGCGGGUUGCACAUCCAUUCUGGGGCGGGCGCUGAUGUGUGCUCCAGCGCUUCCCUCCCAGGUGGCCACUAUUUCGCGACGGGCUUCGCCGAUCCGUGGUCCACCACGUGGUCAAAGGCGGCUGGCAGCACUGUUGCCAAGGGCUCUUUCACGGUGGGUGCAAGCGGCUAUGACACCAUUGCUGCAAAUGCGGACCACGCCGUGGUGCUACACGCUGCCUCGGGUGCACGAAUUGGCUGUGGCUACGCGGGUGCUGGCAAGUCCCUGACCGCCGCCAUGGGCUCGUACCCAGGCACGGCGAGUGGAGUGUCCGGGACCGUGACGGUCACCGUGAGUAUGGGCCUCCUCUCCGUCUCCUACACCCUCACGGGACUCUCUUCGAGCGACACGUCCGGCGGCCUGCAUAUCCACUCAGGGUAUGGUGCAAGUGUUUGCUCGGACCCGUCCCUUCCAGGUGGCCACUACUUCGCCUCGGGCUUCACUGAUCCGUGGUACACCACGUGGACCAAAGCGGCUGGCACCACGGUGGCUUCAGGCUCUUUCACCGUGCUCGCGUCGGGGUACGACACCCUCGCCGAGAACUACCUCCACGCCGUCGUGGUUCACGCUGGCUCGGGUGCGCGGAUCGGGUGUGGUGUGCUUGGCGGGUCAUUCUCAAGCCCGUUUGCCACGGGUGAUCCGCACUUGCAGAAUUUGCACGGUGAGAGGUUCGACCUGAUGAAGCCGGGUAAGCACCUUUUGAUCCAAGUUCCGCGCAAGAGCCCUGAGAACACGCUGCUUCGUGUGGACGCUGACGCACAGCGCGAGGGUGGACAGUGCACAGACAUGUACUUCCAAGAGCUGAACAUCACAGGCGCCUGGGCGGAGGCGAGGCAGACCGGCGGCUUCCACUACCACGCCGACGACGUCGACGGCAAGCCUCCUCAAUGGGCGCACUUCGGGAGCGUGCAGCUGAAGGUCUCCCACGGGCGCACGCGGCAGGGAGUCAGGUACCUGAACCUCUACGUCAAGGACCUCAUGCGCACGGGCUACGCCGUCGGAGGCCUGCUGGGGGACGACGACCACGCGGAGGCGUCGGCGCCCCCGGCGGAGUGCGCCCGCCGCAUGGCCCUCCUCCGCGUGGGCUCGUCUGGCGCCCUCUGA